CAAGAAAUCUUUACCGUGCAUCCGACCGCAGGGGAUCCCCUGAAACCUAAACCCCUAACCUAAAAUCCUAAACGCUCCUUCAACCCCGCAGGCACAGUGAUUCCUCUUCCUAGCUAGGUUUAAUCUCAUUCUUUCUCUAAUUCCCACUACUCUACUGAGCCUUUAUCGCCUUCUCAGAUAAGCAAAGGGUUUUCUAUUCUCCAUUGUAUUGCUCUUCUUUUUUUUCCUGAAAUGGGAACUAUUAUCCGGUAAAAUAGCAUUGCAAUUGUUUGUUUUUUCCGGCGGGCAUGCGUGAAAUAUCGGGGGUUUUUGUUCCAGAACAUGUUCGCUCUGCGAUCGAUUCGCAGAUUUAACACCGCACCCUAUGAGCCUGCAUUGAUCAAGCUGAAGAAAGAGAAGGACCCGGAUAAGCUGUUCGAUUUGUUCAGGGCCAAUGCUCGCAAUAGGCUCGUUGUUGAGAACCGGUUUGCCUUUGCGGACACUGUCUCCAGGUUAUCUGGUGCGGGCAGAUUAGAUUACAUCGAGAGUCUACUCGAGGAGCAAAAGUCCCUGCCACAGGGCCGUAGGGAAGGGUUUAUAAUCCGUAUUAUAAUGCUCUAUGGUAAGGCAGGGAUGGUUAGUCACGCUGUACAAACUUUCAACGACAUGCAUUUGCACAGGUGUAAAAGGACCGUUAAGUCUUUCAAUGCGACCCUCAAGGUUCUGACCCAGUCGAGGGAUUUAAAGGCGAUUAACUUGUUCUUGAAUGAUGUACCUAAUAGAUUUGGCAUCCAUUUGGAUGUUUAUUCCGUUAAUAUUGUCAUCAAGGCCUUUUGCGAAAUAGGUAUUCUGGAUAAGGCUAUUCAGGUCAUGGUUGAGAUGGAGAAAUUGGGAAUAAUCCCUGAUGUUUUCACUUACACAACAUUAAUAUCGGCUUUUUACGAGGCUAGGCGAGUGGAAAUUGCAAACGGUUUGUGGAAUUUGAUGCUGUUAAAAGGCUGUGAUCCUAAUGUGGCUACUUUUAAUGUUAGGAUUCAGUUCUUGAUCAACCAGGGGCGUGCGUUUGAGGCUAAUAAGAUGCUGAACUUUAUGCGCAGGCAUAGGAAGUUUCCGGAAUUUCCCGAUGAGAUCACGUAUAAUCUAGUGAUCAAGGGGUUUUUCCAGGUGGGGUACUAUGAAAAGGCCAUGAGGGUGUAUUCGAUUUUUCAUGAUGAUGGAUAUAAGCCAAACCAGAGGAUUUAUCAGACCAUGAUUCAUUAUCUGUGUAUGGAGGGGAAAUAUGACUUGGCCUACAUCAUGUGUAAAGAUUGUAUGCAGAAAAACUGGUUUCCUAGUGUGCAUACGAUUUAUAAUCUGCUCAGAGGACUGAGAAAAGCUGGAGAUGCAGCUGGAGGCGAUGACAUGAUUGAUAAGGCUAAAAAUAUAUAUAGUCUUGCUCUAUCAAAGAGGCCUCCUUUUUCUGUUGGUCAGCUUGAAACCAUGAAAUCCAUAUUAUCCGAUGAAUCAAACUAAAUUUCUGUGGUCAUGGUGCACAAGUGCUCCCAUUUUGAGUUUGUUGGUUUUUUAGGCAAAUCUGAUAAGAACCAUGCAGUGCGUUGACUGCAUUGAAGUUCCUAGUGAUAUGAGAGCUCUCUAUGGGUCAAAGUUCAUGUCAAACCUAAAGGGCAGCUUUCAUGACUAUACGUGGGCUUUUUUACAGUGGUUCCCGAGCAUUCAUGCGUGCAUGCAAGCUGCUGGUGUUAUAAUAUAUGCAUUAUCUGUAUCUGUGAUACGGUGGUGUGUCUAUUGUGAGCUCAAAUUUCGGCGGAUAAAUGAAAGCAGUAGCUACGUGGACUGCAAUUUGAAUAUCAAUGAAGACCUGCUGGUGAUAGGUCCAACUGAAGAUAAUCUACUUGCUGUAAAGUUAAACCAU